AUGCUCAACCUCGAGGUGGUACGUGUGGCUGGUGAUGACAAGAGAGUGCAUUGUCUCCCCUUGGCGGAUAUAGUUGACAUCAACAUGAGUGACCGGAUCGGCAAAACGCCGCUGAUUGUUGCAGCAUGGAAGGGUCGCCAGGAUGUCUUUGGCUUCCUGGUUGGUAGAGGAGCUGAUGAGUCGGUCACAGACGCCUAUUCCAACAACAUCCUUCACUGGGCGUGUCACGGAGAUAUUGUUGAUAUCAACAGUAGAGGUAAGUAUGACAGGACGCCAGUGAUGGUUGCCGCCGAGUUUGGACAUAUUGACGUCCUCGAGCUGCUGGUGAGGGAAGGAGGUGACGUGAAUCUCCGGUCUGAUGCAGGCAAUACCAUCCUCCAUGCAGCGUGUCUUGGAGGGUACGUCAAGGUGGUGUCACACGUCCUCACGACGACACACGUCGAUAUCAACGCCCAGGGUAUUAGGGGCGGACCCUUUGAUGUUAGCGGCAUGGAAGGGGCACCAAGAUGUGUUUGA